CUUGCUAGAGAAAGGUUCUACUGGCCGUUUAUGGCAAAAGAAAUUGAGGACUAUGUCACUCGGAGAUGUCCAUGUGUCAAAGCCAAGAAGCCUGUCACUCAUGAUCGUGCUCCUAUGGGUAGCAUCACAUCAAGCUUCCCUUUGGAACUUGUGUGUAUUGAUUACUUGCAUUUGGAAGCAAGUUGUGGAGGCUACGAAUACAUUCUGGUGGUGCUUGAUCAUUUCACUCGAUUUGCUCAGGCCUAUCCCACAAAGAACAAGAGUGGAAAAACAGCUGCUGAGCGGAUUUUCAGUGACUUCAUACCCCGAUUUGGAUAUCCGGCCAAAUUGCAUCACGACCAAGGCCGUGAAUUUGAAAACAAACUGUUCGAAACGCUGCAGAAACUGGCUGGAGUAGGUCACUCAAGGACAACGCCAUACCAUCCGCAGGGCAAUCCAGCUGAGCGAUUGAACCGCACCAUACUCCAGAUGUUGAGAACACUGACAGAAAGUGAGAAACUGCGGUGGAAGGACCACCUCCCACACAUUAUCCACGCAUACAAUUGUACUCGACAUGAAUCCACUGGCUACUCACCCUUUUUCCUCCUCUAUGGCCGUCAUCCACAUCUCCCAAUUGACUUGCUGUUUGGGUUGACUCGAGAUAAGGAGUCAUACUCGCCAAGGGGUUAUGCGGAAACAUGGGCUGAGAGAAUGGCAGAAGCCUAUCGGAUUGCAAGUGAGAACAGCAAAAAGUCCAGUGACAGAGGGAAAGUAAUCUAUGACAGGAAAACCAAAGGAGUCAUGUUGCAACCUGGAGACCGGGUUCUGGUAAGGAAUCUCAGUGAACGUGGAGGGCCAGGCAAGUUAAGAUCAUAUUGGGAGAAGACUAUCUAUAUCGUCAAAAGUCAGCUUGCUGAGAGUCCAGUGUACAUUGUCAGUCCUGAGAGCGGUGACCACAAGAAAACCAGAACACUACACCGCAAUCUCCUAUUGCUAGUAAAUGACUUGCCUGUGGAAGUUGUUUCACCCCGUGCCAGACAUGUCCCUGACAAGAGACCAAAACACAAAGAAAGACAGACAGACGCACAAGAAAUGGAUGAGAACGACAACUCAGACUCAGAUGAUGACUGUGUCUCUCAUUACUGGCUCAGAGUACCUGCGGAAAGAACUGAAGAAAGAUCUCUCAUCAACCAUGAGGAACUUACCUUUUCUCUGAGAGAUCCUUGUCAAAACCCUGUAAGAGACUCAGUUGCUCCCGAACCUGUGAUCAGCAGUGGUCAUACGGUGCCCGAGCACAACCUGUCUCCUACAGAAAGUGGAGCUGAACAAAACCAGGAUGAAGACCAGCGUGCUCUUAUUGAACCUGAGACAGACAAUGGAGUUCAAGAGCGAUCCCAGAUCCGAUCCCAGACCCCACCUGUUGAGCAUGAUCAGCCAGAGAUUAGAAGGUCUGCUCGUGAAACAAAACCAACACACUGUGUUAAAUAUUGAGUGUGUAUGCAGUUACUCCGCUCCCACCAGUAGGAGGCACUGUGAGAUGGUGGUGUGCCUGCCGCUCGUGGAUUCCCCUCAUAGCUGAGGAGGAAUCAGAGACGACAAACCGCUUCUCCUGUGUCAUCUUAUUGUUUUCCAUUAUUCCAGGUAUGUUGUGUUUGAAACUGUAAGGAAAAUGGGUGUAACUGCUAGUUAAUGUUUGUAGACAAAGUCGAAUUCAGAACGAUGGUGUUAAUGAGCGGUAAGAUGCGUUAUCCUUUGUUUAUGAGAUCGAUCGUCACCGAGAGUGAAAGUGACAGCAGUGCGGCCAUUUUGCUAGCAGGCAGCUAACUACUGAAAGCCUGUGUGAGCUGAUGCACUUUCAUUCUCAUUGUUUCAUGUAU